AUGAAGGAAAAAUCCGAAGUUACCGUGAAGGACGCAGAUAGGGAAGACACCAAUGUAAAGGGUCUUUUGAAACAUUAUGCCAGAAAUUCAUCCAUGCACGGAGUUCCUUCCAUUGUGGAUACCCAACUUUAUCGUGGUCGACAUAUAUUUUGGGUGAUAGUGGUGCUUGUUAUGGCAGCGUUAUUGGUGACGACAAUAUACGUUCAGCUGUCGGAUUAUUAUCGUUACCCCACUGUUACUAGUGUUAACAUUCGUUACGUAGACGAAGAUGAUUUUCCUGCAGUUACUAUCUGUGAUUUAAAUAUAUUUAAUAAGGAAUUUAUCCAAGACAUGUCGAAUCGAACUCAAAUGGCCAUGCCACAUUUAACAGAAAUUACCGGUAUCUACCAUUUAGUGGGCAAAAGACUGCUGACAGGCUUGUAUAAAAAUGCCCCGCCCAUUGGAAACAAAUCUGCUGAAGAAAUUGUGGAUACAAUCUUUACUCAAGUGGACAGUAUGAUCAAAGGCACGGGACUACGGUGUGCUUGGGGAGAUUAUUACUGGGAAGACUGUAGUGCUGCCUUAACUACGCGAGUGACUGAAAUGGGAAUCUGUUUCACGGUUGAUACGUUAAAGUUGAAAAAGACGAAAAAAGUAAUUAAUCCCAACCCAGUGAGUAAUGCUUUACGUGGAUUAAGUGUACUGGUUACUACAUCAAGAAGUGAUAUUCCUUAUAGACUCUACCAAUUUGAAGGUUUUAAAGUAGUUCUACACGAUGUUGAAGAAGAUCCUCUACCGCAAUCUCGGGGUUUUGUGGUUGGAGCCAAUUGUUCGUCUGAGAUCGAAGUAUCAAAACACGUGAGAAUUGGACUAGAACCACCGUUCAAGGCGUUUGGUGGAAGCACCUGUGUGGACACCAACAGCGAUAAAUUCGUGAAUCCAUUAAAACGCUAUGAAAAUUAUACGAAAGAAGCGUGUGAAAAUGAAUGUUUUAUAGAUUAUGUGGUACAGACCUGUGGGUGUCGACACUUUCUACAUAAAGGAAACGAAAGUUUAUGCCACAUAGACCGUUUGAUAAAAUGUUACCGAGAAGCUGAAAAGGACUAUUACAGAGGUGGAACUGCCAAAUCUGAAUGUAUCUGCCCACUGCCAUGUAAAGAGAGUACCCACAAAGCUUCGAUUUCCUGUGCUAAAUUCAGAGCUACUGAAAGCUUUGAAAAAGUAGUCCAAAAUCUGGAUGCUGAUGUUGUUGUACUUCAUUUUUUCUUUGCUGAUCCCGUUGUGACCGUUAUUGAACAGGUUCCAGUUUAUACACUCGAGAAACUUCUAGGUUCUAUUGGAGGUCAAGUUGGUCUAUUUAUGGGUUUCAGUUUAAUAACAGUAGCUGAAAUGUUCGAACUUAUCUUUCUGUUGGUCACACGAGGACGGUUAUUGCACCAAGAAAGGUACCACGCUGAGGCCGAAAUGAGAAGACUUGCUGAAAAUUCGAAACAAUGA